CGCGCCUAAUGUGUUUUGUUGAUGAGCAGAGUCGCUGCCGGUCUCAUCAGGAUCAGACGGUUCAUCACAGAGCAGGGACAGUACCAGCUGGAUUCAGUAUGCCGGGCAGAAAACCCAACCCCCCGCCACACCACUCCAGUGGUAGCAAACACCACAGCAGCAGACACAGGCACAGUGAGUUCAUGUCCAACCCGGCCUAUUCCUACUACCCAGCAGACAAGAUGCUGCACUUCUACAGCUGGACUUCAGAGCCGGGUGUGAUGAAGAUAUUGUGUAUCAUCAUCAUUGUCAUGUGCGUGGCUGUGUUCGCCUGUGUGGCCUCCACGCUGGCAUGGGACUACGAUAUGAGCCUCAUGGGUCUGGGAGGUGGAGCUGGCUUGGUGCCGGGUUACGGCGGCUCGUACGGUGGCUCCUAUGGCGGUGGCAGUUACGGCGGCGGCAGUUACGGCGGCAGUUAUGGCUCCGGCUUGUAUGGAGGCGGCAUUGGCGGUGGCGGAUCCUAUGGCUACGGGCAAGUGCAGAUGGACCCAAGAGCUGGCAAAGGCUUCAUCAUUGCCAUUUCAGCCAUCACCUUCAUCGCAGUGCUCAUCAUAUUUGUGUUGGUUGUGUCGAAACAAAAUACUGCCCGCUCACCAAAGUUCUACUUGGCAACCAUCAUCAUCUGUGCCAUCUUAGCAUUCCUCAUGAUCAUUGCCACCAUUGUGUACCUGGUGGCGGUGAACCCGACAGCUCAGUCCACAGGGUCCGUCUACUACAGCCAGAUCCGCCAGCUGUGUGCCCAGUACCAGACGCAGGACCAGGCCCAGGGCAUCUUCCUCAACCAAUACCUGUACCAUUACUGUGUGGUGGAACCCCAAGAGGCCAUUGCUAUUGUCCUGGGGUUCUUGGUGUUUCUUGCCCUCAUCAUCCUGCUGGUGUUCGCAGUCAAGACCCGCUCGAAGAUCAGGAGGUGGGGCCAGGACCGCGUUCUCUGGGAGGAAGUGAAAGUCAUCAGUGAUGGUCUACACACCAGUGUCGGGGAGUGGGUGACCAAUGUGUCUGGUAACCCAGAGGUACUGGUGAGCGACUAUAAUGACAAAGUGGGGGGGUCCAAAGACUAUCUGGACAGACUGGACCACAGCAAGCCUCUUUACCUGCCAGGAGACUCGGACAUCAGCAGCUCUGUGGGAGGCUUGAAGCCCUGGCUGAAGGACUACGACACUGGUGCAGAGUCUGGAGACGACCUGGAGGAAGAGGACUUCAGCGUUUUGUUUCCUUCCAUUGUGAAUGAGCAAGAACGUCUGGACUACAAGCGGGAGUUUGACCGGGAUCACCAGGAGUACAAGAGCCUGCAGGCUGAGCUGGACAGAAUAAACCAAGACCUGGCUGGUCUGGACAGAGAGCUAGCCCGACACCCUGCAGGCAGUCCACAGUUCCUGGAUGCAAUGAAUGAAUACACCAGGCUGAAGAAUCUCAAGAAGUCCCCAGACUACAAAAUCAAGAAGAAAAGGUGUAAAUAUCUCAGGUCCAAACUGUCGCACAUCAAGAGGAUGAUCAGUGAAUACGACCGUCGACCUUGAAACUUUAGCUCCGACCCUUCAUACAGGCAAAGUGACACAUGCUGUCAUGCUAUAUUUGUAUCAAGCUAUUAAUGAAGAUUUUUUUUUCCCAGAGACGAGCAGGGUUAAGAAAUAUGUUUUGAACAAUUCUUCAACCUCUGUAAGUUUCUAUAAGAUCAAUUUUAAAGAACAAAGAGGGUGUAUAAAAUGAAUUUUUAGUUAGAAAUUGAGAAAUGUGAUAUCAAAUGUUUUUGUUUCAGUACAGGUGAAGCAGUUAUUGUGCUUCUUUUAUAGCUUUUUUUUUUUUUUUUUAAAUCAUGUUUGACAGUUUCAUGUAAAAUGAAGGCACAACUAAGACAUGAAUUUGUUUGGCAUGAUGAAGUUAAUGACCAUCCCUUGUAAAUAAUGUCCAUUUUUAGUCUUUAGAAACAAUUGAAGAUGUUCUGUAAUAAGCUUUUCUGUACUUUUUUAUGCUGUUUUUCUGUAAAUGAUGAAACCUUGCCGUUGAGAUAGUAAGUUAUUAUUUUUUCACGGUAGAUAUAAGGAGAAGCCAAAGUGUAACUAACUGAUUAAUGAUGGCCCCUCCCCCUUUAGGUGUGCCAUCAACAUUUGUCCUUUACUGUAAUGAAUUUUUCAUUUCCAUCUUAUUCAAAAACCAGUAAACAUUCCUCUCUGCCUCCAUCAGUUCCUCUUGCUUUGUCAGUAUAUUUUUGUUUUUGAUGGAAAUCUUGCAUGUUGGCCAGUUUCUCUGAACUGACGUGUGCAGCAUGUAUGUGUUUGUGUGCAUUCACAAAAUUA